CCGAGCCUCGCUCUCUCCCUAUUUCCCAUGCACGGCACAAGGCGGCUGAAGCCCAAAGCUCCUGGGCCUCCAGCCAAAUCUCUCCCCUCCCACCCCGGUUCACAGGCCGGGUGUCUGAAUACCUGCUUCCAGUGAUGCACAAUGGGCAGCUUUGAGGCGGAGAAUUGAUAAUCUUCACGGAAGAGUAAUUUGAAUGAAAUUACACUUGACAGCCUGUCUCUAGGCAAACGGGACCGGGGAGGGUGGAAGCUCAGCUGGGCUCCGAGGGCUGGCUUUUUUUCCGCUGCGGUCGCCGGAGAUUCCCGGGGAUAAAAAAAAAAAAGGAAAGCCUAAACAACAACAGUCUUCCCUCCGUCUCGACGAGGUUUUGACCGAUUCUGUGCAGCGGUUGGUAGCGAAGGACGGUAGCCAUGGAAGAGAAUAUGGAAGAGGGACAGACACAAAAAGGGUGCUUCGAGUGCUGUAUCAAAUGCCUGGGAGGCAUCCCGUACGCUUCUCUGAUCGCCACCAUCCUGCUCUAUGCCGGGGUCGCCCUGUUCUGCGGCUGUGGACACGAGGCCCUGUCGGGGACGGUCAACAUCCUGCAGACCUACUUCGAGAUGGGUCGGACAGCCGGGGACACGUUGGACGUCUUCACCAUGAUCGACAUCUUCAAAUACGUGAUCUACGGUGUAGCGGCGGCGUUCUUUGUGUACGGCAUCUUGCUGAUGGUGGAAGGAUUCUUCACAACCGGUGCCAUCAAAGAUCUCUAUGGGGAUUUCAAGAUCACCACCUGUGGCCGAUGCGUGAGCGCCUGGUUCAUCAUGCUGACAUACAUCUUCAUGCUGGCCUGGCUUGGUGUGACCGCCUUCACCUCUCUACCCGUCUAUAUGUACUUCAACCUCUGGACCAUUUGCCGAAAUACCACCUUAGUGGAAGGCGCCAAUCUCUGCUUGGACCUUCGCCAGUUUGGAAUCGUGACAAUUGGAGAGGAGAAGAAGAUUUGCACCAUGUCAGAAAAUUUCCUGAGGAUGUGUGAAUCCACCGAGCUGAACAUGACAUUCCACUUGUUCAUCGUGGCGCUAUCUGGAGCUGGAGCCGCGGUCAUCGCUAUGGUUCACUACCUUAUGGUCCUGUCCGCCAACUGGGCCUACGUGAAGGAUGCCUGCCGGAUGCAGAAAUACGAGGACAUCAAGUCGAAGGAGGAGCAGGAGCUGCACGACAUUCAUUCCACCCGCUCCAAAGAGCGGCUUAAUGCCUACACAUAAGGAAGACCCUUCCCUUCCCUUUCCCGUCCCCCUUCCCCUUCCUCCCGGUCAUCCGAAUGCUUUCUCGUUCCCCCUCUUCCCCUCCCCUCGCCCACGCCCGAGCGAAAGGAGAGUGCUUCUCCCGACAGGUAGCCAAGGCGCCCUAUCGGUUGCCCGACUUCAACCCUUGGCGGUUUUAGCCCUCGGUCUCUUGAGUCCGCUAAUCGUUUUUGUGAUUGUAUUCCCCUCUGCAGACCGACCUGAAUCCUCUCCGGUUAACCCCUUCUCUUAGAUCCAGGAUACUAACUCCCAUCCACAGGAGAGAGUCAUUUUUUUUUUUAAACACUCCAUAUGGGUCACGCAUAAUACCUUUCGCAUCGUUUCCUAUAUGUUUUUGAAAAGAAAAAAAAUAGCCUUUUUAUACUUUUCCGUUGUGAUUUCGGUAACGACUUCAACUACAGGUAUACUUCAAAGGGAUCACUGUACACAGGGUGUACAAUAUACAGACAGGACGUAUCGAUGACUUUCCUGGAAAUUUGGAAAUCUUGCCAGGGGACCUUAGGCCAUCUUCGCCGGCGGUCCCGUGCGAUGUUUCGAACAAUCCAAGGUGCAAUUUCUAAAUUUGUAACAGUAGGUAAAAAAAGAAAAAAAAAAGAAAAAAGUGCUUCUUAUCUCUGUUAAAGUUGUCUUCUCGAUGUUCUUAAUAGGAUAUUUCUCUCUUUCAAGGUUUUAUCGGUGAUGAUUCCUGUUUCUUUUGUGAGCAUGUAGACGGGUGCUAAUGCAUGGUCACUUUUUCAGGUUGUAACACUCUUCAAGACGUAUAGCGCGUAGAACGACGUAACCGAUUUAGCUACUCCUAGAUGGCCGCGCAAUGACCGCUUUGUGAUUUGACCGGUGGCUAAGCUGAAGAGGGGCUGUUCGUAUGGGGAAAUAACGACAUUUAGAAAAGUGAUCGAUCAAAAAUACAGUCUCCCCCAUCCCCUUAGAAGUCUUUUUACCUGCUUUAAACAUUUCAACAGAUUGCACCUCCGUAACCUUAUACAUAAACUGUAUAUGAUAUAUGAAAAACGGCUUCCAUAAAUGUAAUCAUAGCUUAGCUUGCAGCUUUCCACCAUCUCUCAGUUUCCCUGUGGUAUGUUUAAAGUGAGGUGAAAAGCCACUGUGGGCUGUACUGUUUGGAUGUGUAGUAAUAUAUUUUAAUCUUUAUUUUGAAACGGUGGAAAAAGAAUGGGAAUUUUAUAAAAAGCCUGUAUCAGAAGAAAAAAACCAAGAUUAAAAAAAAAAAACAACAAAAAACAAUCAGUAUUACUGGACCAAAUUUGGUGUUUGUUUUAACAUUGUCAUUUUUUUUUCUCCGUUUGCCUAUUUCUAAUGCUACAAGAAUGCUGUAUAGUGUCUUUUGAAUCAAUGCAGCCUGACAAGACAUUUUUGUCAGGGUUCAGAAUCCUAGAUAGGUUUGUGCACUUAUUGGGCCGUGGUGAAAAUCUUUCUCAGUGUAAGUGCAUUUCUAAUAAAGGCUCUUGGGUAAACAUCUUUGUAUAAAAACUCAUCCUGCAGCAGCCGCCAUUUUUAAAACUUCUUGCAAUAGCUAGGGGGUAUUACUAGAGUUCUCUGUGGCAUGGUUAUGCAUUCAGUAGUUCUAGUUUGAUUUGUUUCGUUUUGGAUUUUUUACACUUAGACUGUCUUUCCGGGUCAACGGUUUUCUGUUACGUGCAGUAUUACAGGUCUGCAAAGAGUAUUACGAACCUUUUUUUUGGGGGGGGGGAUUCUAUAGCGUAGUGUUUCAGUUCUGUGUCCAACGGUGGGUGAUGAUUUUUAAAACUGUCUUUUAAACUCACGUAAUGUUGAUGCUUUGGGCUUUUCUCCGGUAUUAGAGUUUGUAUUUUCACAAAGAAUGCUUUGUAGCAGGCAUUACCAUGAAUCUGUUUUGUACAUAAAUGUGCCAACAGCUUGAAGGUGGCGUUUUUGAAAUGUAGAACCAAGUGCUUGCGACAUGUAAUAAACACACUUGUGGACUUUGUGGACUUAU